AAUAAAUACAAAAAAAAAUUUAAUUGUUGCAGGGAUUGGCUGGCAGGUGGAAGGUAUUGAGCACAGAGGAUUUGAUAAGUUUGUGACGAUAAAGGAAGGUACUUGUCCAGCUGGCUUCUACCAGAGUCAGCCAUCCAAGUGCUAUGACGCCUGUAAAGACAAACAUGAACCGAUAAGUCUGAUUCCACUGGCAUUUAAGAUCGUUUCUUUGGGAAACAAUACCCAUCCCACAAUGCUGAGGUGCAAACAUGAAGAUGGGUUCUACAAUCCUAAGAACCAGUCGUAUAACAGAUUCAAACAGGGGGAUUUUCAAAUGGAUUUCUGCACUAAUGUCAGAGAUUUGAAUCCCUGCAAAAGUGGACAGAUGCCUUUGUACAAUGGAACAUGCGUAAAUCAUUGCAGCCCUGGAUAUGCAAGAGAUGAUAUAGACUUCUUCUGCAAAUGGAAUGGGACAGGUAAUCUUGCAGGCAAUAGUUCUUCAGAGGCAGGACCAAAGAAAGAGAUAGGAGUUAUGAAAGAAAUGGAAAAAGAUGAUGACAAUGAAGCUAAGUUAAACGAAGAGGAAAAAGAUAAAUCUUAUCAUCUGGUUCCAUUGUAUUAUGUCAUUAUAGGUUUCUGUUCGGUACUGAUUUUGAUUGUGGUAAUACUAAUAAAAGUGUGCUGUUUUCCAAAUAGAUGUGUGCCCUCUUGUGCCUAUUUACAAGUGCCUGGUGACCUUACAGAUUCAAAUACAUCUUCAGCACAGUCAGUUGAAGAUGCUGUUGAAGGCAUGGUACCACUUGCUGUCAAAGACAGGGUACCAGAUGCUGAGAAUAUUAGUUUGAACAAUAUUUCAACAUCAAAAGAUGAUGAUGACAGGAGUGAUGCUACAGUAGAUACAGACAGUACAAGUGAAAAUAAAGUUGAUGACGAAACAUUUCGAAAAGAAAUCAUUGACACACAGACUGUGGUAAAGGAAAAGAUUAGCUCUGAGAGUUCAGGCUUGAAAGUAAAGAAGGAGAAAAAGUAUCACAAUAACCUAUUCCUUAAAGUUGAAAAUGUUGGAGCAUUUAACUUUGGUUCUGUGUCCAGUAAGGAAGACAUGCAUGUUCUCAUGAAAAGUCUAUAUGAUGAACUGCAAAACUGCAAAAAACCGGAAGCUGCUGUUGAAAGUUUCUUUGAAAAGAUGAUAGACUCUGACAAGAUUGUUAGCAAGAAAGAUGAGGAAGGAGUUGAGGAAAAAGAAGAAUUAUUUCAGGAUGUUGAAAUACUGACACCAGAUUUUGGAGGAAAUGUGACAUCAGAAGUGGAUAGAGUGGCUGGGGAGGAAUUUGCAAGCCCACACUGUAAAACCCUGACACAGCUUGUUGUUACCUUUUUAUCAGAAUAUAUGAAGUCUGUAGGGGCCCUGAUUUACAACGGAGAAGUCAUCGGAACUGUCUUCCGAGCAGGCGACGAUUAUCUUAUUACAGCUUUCCAUGUAAUAAGAGGAAUAAUUGACCCACGCAAUACUGGUCAGUUCAAUUAUACACUCAUUGAAGCAGAGAAUGUUUUCGUCAAUUUCAAUGCUUCUGUAUGUGUAACACCUGACUGUUACAUGUAUAAAUUUCACGUUCGGCAUGUUUUAUCAACGAAUACACUACAUCUGGACUAUACAGUUCUGCAGAUAAUAAACAGAAAUGAUGCGUUGCCAAAGGGACUGAAGUUGGAUAAAAGGUCUUGUAGCACAAAAACAUUACAUGGAAUUGGGUAUGGUGACCCUAAAAACCCAUACUGUAAGGUGUUAGAUAAUUCCUGUCCUAUCAUUUCCUCAGUAAGUGCGAGAAUUCUGGAUUGUCAAACAUGGCUUCAUGAUACCAAUCCUGGACUCCCACAUCAAAAUGGAGCAAAUGCUGGGCCUAAUCGAGUACAACGCUUUAAGGCACUUGUUCAGGAGAUGGGGUCUGAUCCUGGUAUUGUAGAUAAAGGUUACAAGUAUAUUGAUAGGGAGCAACAUAUUUUCUUAGAUAUUUGUUUGGAACACCGAGGGUCUGGCUCUCCUUUUCUGACAAGUGACGGAUUUGUUAAGGGGAUACUUACUAGCGGUCAUCCAGAAUUUUUUUACCUGCUUCCUAAACUUGUACAGGCUGGCUUUCCAAGUGAUAAAAGAUUUGAAUGUAUUUUGAAAUUGGAAUAUGUACACCAAAACAUUUUAGAACAGGUCCCAGUCUUAGCUAAUAAAUUGUUUGGCUAAAUGUCUUACCAGGGGCUUAGUUAUUUUAAGAUUGCCUGUAAAAAUUGUCACCCGAGACCUCUCAAGAUUUUUUGAAAUUCCUUAGUUGUCCGUCCUUUUAUGGUUUAAUAGAAAGACCAGUUUAGGUCUCAUGAGAAAUUAGAAUGAGUUAAGGUAAAGAGCAUAAUAGAUUUUGCUUCAUCUGUCCAUCAUUUUGGCAUCAAUGUGAUGCAUAAGUUAUAAUUGUACAAGUUCCAUUUUGAAUUUAGGUUUAAGCAUAUGAAACUUAUUAUUGCUUUCGAUGUUGUUUCUAUAUGCUGUAGAGAUUUUGCCAAUUUAACAUGUUGCUCCACCCAUUUUGAUUAACCACAUAUGUACGCAUCCAUCAUUUUACAACAUUAUGACUGUACUUGUUUAGCAAAGCAUACAUUUGUACAUACUGUUACCGUGUGUCAUUCAACCGCAUUGUCAUGGUUGUUAAUUCUCAUGCAGUUGUUGUUUUAAAUAUUCUCCA